UAUGGCGGCCUUCGAAAUAGACUGCAGUGUCACAAAGUGGCUCACCCCCGUCAUGUCGGCCACCUCUACUCCUGGCCUGACGACGGCUUCGGAAGCAAGCAGCCCGAACGCGUCUUCUGCCACAUCGACCAGCUCCAAUGCGGCGGCAAGCCUGCCGCACAGAUUCGCGUUCAUCGAGGACGCGCAUCACCGCCCCGCAAUCCCGACAUUCCCGCCACUCGUCUCGUCUCGCUCGACGAGUUCAGAGCGGCAGGUUGCCCCGUCCUCUUCGAAGACACUGGAUGGGUCAUCACGAGACCCCUCGCAACCACUGUCCAACGCUAUGCACAUACAACGCAAGCGUCGGCUCGAUCAGACGGACGACGACGGCGAGGACCCAGAGCACCCCGCCAAGGCUCUGCGGACUGGUCCGGCUUUAGUCCAGCAAGCGGCCGAGCCCGGUACAAAAUGCGUCGGGUGCGACUUCGCUGGGUCCCCGGAACAUGUCUGGGCCCAUUACAAGGCCCACGUAAGUACCCAGCGCAGCCUCCGCGCCUCUUCAAUUCCUCCACAUGUGCAACUGGUGGGGCUGCGAGUUCACCGGGACCACGAGCCAAGUCGUGGCGCACUGGAAAGCCGCCCACCGACCGGACUACGCUAUGGACGUGAGGAUCAGACGGCGCUGGGAUAAACGGCACGUCGUGGACUGCGCGAUUUGCUUGCGCAGGUACGAGGCCGCGCUCGUCGUGUGGGAUAAACAUGACCGGCCUGAGGACGCAAUGCCCCCGCGUCCGAGACGCCUCAGCCCUCGUAGUCUGGAAGGGCAUGCUACGUGGCGCCAUUGGGCUUGUCGAAGACGUACGAGUGGUGUGAGCCGUGCCGCGCCUGGGCGCGGAAGGACACAUCAGGGUGGGGAAAACACUUCGCUCGUUGUGUACAGGCGUACAUGGUGGAGCACACCCAUAUGCACUGACCACCCCGCUGGAACGCUGUACAUCAUCCUGGCAAACAGCGUUGUCGUCCUAUAACUUAUUCUCGUUUCUCAGUCGUUGUACGCUCGUAUUUUGUCUCCGUCAUCACGCUCCUGUUGUAUGUUGUGCAAUAUUCAGUAGUGUUUGCUAUCUCCUGCCAAU